AACGCUUCAGGAAGCCCAGCUUGCGGCGGGAGAAUGACGAAUUUUCCGCCGGGUUAAAACACAACAAACGUAACGUGAGGGUCGUGCCCCGCUGCUGUAGGCAGGACAGACGCCUGGGCCGAGGGAGGGAGCUCCAGCCGGUUCGCCCGGCGCCCACCGCCGGCCGGGAGAGCACCGUCCGCCCGCUGCCUGCCGGGACCGCGAUGAACGCCGCGCCGAUCCUCACCGUUCGCUGCUUCCCCCCUGCACCGCGCCGGCGGAGCAGCGCGCCGGAGGGGGCAGGCAGAAGUUAACUUCCACCUGCCCUGAAGCCGCCGCUGCGCCGGCAGGAGGAGGCGGAGGCGGAGGCGGAGGCAGGCGGGGCAGCCGAGGACCCGGCUCUGGCAGCCUCUGAGGGUCCGUCCGAGUGUAAUUCCCCCCUAAUCCCCGCCACGGCGGCGCUUCCCUGGCCGAGCCAUGUCUACGGCUUCCCCGCCAUGCCGAGCCUAGCGGGGAGCGGGAGGACUGGCGGCCGAGAGGCGCACAAAAUGAAGACCCUGAUGCGCCACGGGCUGGCCGUCUGCCUGGCUCUCACCACCAUGUGCACCAGCUUGUUGCUCAUGUACGGCGGCAUCGGCGGCGGCGGGGGCCACCCGGAGCCGCGGCGGCGGCAGCAGCAGCAGCAGGUGGCGGCGGUGCCCAGCCGCCCUCCGGGACGCGGCCAAGACCACCCGGCGAUCCCCGUCGGGGCUGGUCUCCUGGAGGGCUACAUCAGCGUCCUGGAGCACAAGCCUUUAAAAAUGCACUGCAAGAGUUGUGCGUUGGUGACCAGCUCUGGACACCUGCUGGGCAGUAAACAAGGCGAGAGAAUAGACGAGACAGAGUGUGUAAUACGAAUGAACGAUGCACCUACGCGAGGCUACGGGAGGGACGUUGGAAACAGAACGAGCCUUCGCGUCAUCGCACACUCCAGCAUCCAGAGGAUUCUGCGGAAUCGCAAUGAACUCUUAAACAUGAGCCAUGGUGCUGUGUUUAUCUUCUGGGGCCCCAGCAGCUAUAUGAGGAGAGAUGGUAAAGGCUUGGUGUAUAAUAAUCUGCAACUGAUGAAUCAGAUACUGCCUCAAUUAAAAGCGUAUAUGAUUUCCCGCCACAAGAUGCUUCAAUUUGAUGACCUCUUUAAACGGGAAACUGGGAAAGACAGGAAGAUAUCCAACACCUGGCUUAGCACGGGCUGGUUCACAAUGACUAUCGCAUUGGAGCUCUGUGACAGGAUAAAUGUUUAUGGCAUGGUGCCACCGGAUUUCUGCAGGGAUCCUAAUCAUCUUUCAGUACCUUACCAUUACUAUGAACCUCUGGGACCUGAUGAAUGCACGAUGUACCUCUCCCACGAGCGGGGCCGCAAGGGCAGCCACCACCGUUUCAUCACAGAGAAACGAGUGUUCCAGAACUGGGCACGGACAUUCAACAUUCACUUUUUCCAACCAGACUGGAAACCAGAACCGCUCACUGUCAAUCAGGCCGAGACUAAACCGCUGGGCUGAGGGAUGAAUGCACAAGACUGCAAUCACAGUCACUCCCUGUAUCCGCCUUUGGGAUGUUGGAACUUCUGGGACAGCAAGGCAGCCUGGAGGAGAAGGGUAACAGGAUUUGCAGCUAAUGACUGCAUCAACAGUCAGGAAGUUAUAAUGAAGGAGCAGCGCAUACCGAGAGUACUUUCUGUCAGACUGUGUAUUAAUCCAGUGUAUAGCCUUUUUUUGGCCUUCUGACUUCCUGUGUGUGUACGUGAUUUGUGAAAAACAACGUGAGUAUCAUUAAUGGAUGCUUAAUUCAUUACAGUUUUUUAAAGUACGAUGCCACUGGAUUUUCAUAGUGAAAACAGUAUUUAUUUAAUGGAGGUUUUUAUGCCACCUAGGCCGGUAUUUUUCUAAUUCACAGUUAUGUGGCUGUUUAACUUUCAUAACCUUUCGAAUCCAAAAUGAAUUAUUGCUGAUGGUUUGAAAGGCCUAGCUUUUUAUUUAUAAAACUUGUUUGAAAAAUCUGAUUCUGUAAAGCAUGGAAUUAAUAUUUGAGCUGGAAAUGUUGCGUUUCUUUUAAAAAUUUUGGGCUCUCUUCCAGCCUAAAGCCUUUAACAGCGAGAGUGGUCCCAUGUGCAGAUCUAGCUAACUUUGCAUUCUGACAUCUCAUGCUAAUAAUGAAAACAGUAGUGAAAAUUCUGUUUGAUAUUAAUGUGCAUUGGCUGCUCUGCUAUCAAGCUGCUGUUUUUUAAUUAGGGGUGGGAGGAAGAAGGGCAAAGUUUAUCCAAAAAAUUCACUGCUUAUAGCAGCAUGCUUUUUAGUGAAGAAACCAGGCUAAGGCUAGAGGGCUUCUGUUCUGUUCUGCCUCUUGUAGUCCUGUGAGAGGCUGAAGCAGCAUCCCUCCUGAGCCAACAGACUACAAACCAGGCAACAACUGCUCCAAACAUGACCAGAUUUCUGAAAUUAAGAAGUUGAACUACUAAGUACUACACUGUCAGCUAUAUUAGCUAAAAAGAUUACAAAAAUCUCUGCCUUCCACUGUUCCAAAAUCAUCACUGGUCUCGGAAAUCCUGGAUUACAUUGAAGUUGGGAUGUAAAAAGAGCUCUAUGAGUACAAAAUGGUCCCCUUGAAAAGAGCAAAGUCAGCAGUUUCUUCGUGAAGUGCACAGCAAGUCCCUGUGAACCAAGGGGAUGGACAGUGCUAGUGCUGUACAUGGAACCUCACAGUGUGAAUUACUGGGUUACAUUUGGCUUGUGAAUAAAGAAGCUUUCAGUUACAGUAUUAUUUUCCCUUUUGCCUCACAAGUAUUACAUCUCUCAUUUCUUCAAAGUAAUCAGAAUAACUAUUGCAUGAAACGUUAGAUCUCAGGUGACAAAAGGUGUCCCUCAUUUGAGGCUUGACAGGACUCUGGGCAACCUGAUCUAGGUGAGGAUGCCCUGCUUACUGCAGACAGCAUUGGACUAGAAGACCUUAUGAGGUCCCCUUCCAACCCACACCAUUCUAUGAUUCUAUUACAUGAAUGCUAGAGCUAGAACAAAGAUACUUCUGUAAAACAGCUAACUCCGAGAAGCUGAACCUCAGAGGCAAUAAGUAGAACUGGGGCCAAACAAACUAUCACUUAAACCCACUUACAACCUUUGUCUUCCUCUUUCCAAAAAUGAACAGCAAUAGCUGCAGCUGCCCAGCAGAUACCUUGAUUCCCUGGGGACAAAGUGAACUGCUCUGUCAGUGUUACCCCUCUAACAGGCCUCCAAGAGCUACUCUCCUUGCUGCAGCUAUCCCCACAAGCAAAGACCAAGUAACUAACCUACUUUGCCUUAAAAGCUUUUUUCUCAUGUUCUUCCUGGUACAUGCCACUCUGCAUACAAACUGAAUGCAAAGCUCUACUAUUGCCAAUUGCUUGUAACCUGUCUCUUGUCAGCUGGUGUUUAACUCCCCUCUUUCACUGAUUGUGUUUUAUUCCUUCCACCUUAUUUCACAACAUUCUGGAAGAGAACAGAAUGGAUUUUGAACUUAAGGUGAUCCCUUUCAGUACAUGUACUGGGGCAUGUUAUUUUGAGCAUAUACUGCUGAAAUUGAUGGGCUCUACCAAAUUCAUUUACAGAUCAUUUCUAAUGUGACUGCAAGAAAUGGUACAGUUCACAGUAGGUCCUCUGAUGCUACCACCCUUUUGUUAUUUUGUUAUUAGUAGUAUAAUAAUAAAAAGAUAACGCCAUUCUAA